AUAAUACUGUAAUAACAAACUGUAAUAACAAACAAAACAAAAAAAAACAUUAUUAUUGAAUACACUGUUUGUUUGGUUAUUGUUUACCGAAAUUAUUGCGUCUAUUAUUCGGUGUUAAACUAUCGGUAAAAAUCAUAGUAUACUAACGGCACACACACAGACACGAUGUCCACUGUAGUUAUCGGCGACCAAUAUGUUAACGACACUACUUCGGUAAUCACUGCCGAUGGACGUACUCUUCAGUUGGACCAAUUGGCCGAUUUGUAUCGGUCGGAGGUCAGCAAACCGAUUCCCGUUGCCGGUCGGCUUAGCCUAUUAGGCGGUGAUCAGCAGCCGUCCGACAACAGUAGUCUCAACCGACAACAACAACAAUCGUUGACUAUUGACUGGAAAGUACGGGAUUUGGAUCGCAUGGAACCGACCCGACACCAGACCCAACAUUUGCUCAAAUUGAGAGCUGAUGGCCAACACUGUAAACGAUUGACCGCUGCUAUCGGCCAACCCGUAGACGUGACCAAUGAAGCGGCGACCGAAUUGGCCACUUCUGGCGACUCGCGUCGUCGUCGUCUUCGGGCAGUUAUACGAAACGGUGCCAAAGAUCCGCAAUCGGCUGCUAAACAGAAACAAUGGCUUGAAAUCUGGGAUCAGUCGACUCGACUCAAGUCAUUGGAUCUGAACGAAGUGGACGAACAUUUGUCAAUUGUUUCGGGACAGGAGUUUAACAGUUUUCAGUGGUCGCCAACUGGUCGCCGACUACUAUAUACGGCUCAAUUUAAGCCACCGAAAGCCCAGUCGUUCUACAAGAAGUUGGUGGCGAAGACUGGUAAGAGUGACGAUAGCACUGCCGGCGGUAAAGAGUCUACCGAUACCAGGGGUCAGGAGUUUGUCUACAGAGACGACUGGGGAGAACUGUACGAUGGCGUCAGUCAUACGGUUGUAGCCAUUCUGGACACGGAUGCCGACUAUAAAAUACGUGUCAUCGAAAUGGACGGCUAUUCGUUGGGUCAGCCAUUUUGGAUCGGAAACACUGGUGACGAUAGGAUCGGAUUUGUCGGAUGGGUUGAAGAGCCGCGACGACUGGGCUUAACCUACUGUCCGAAUAGGUUGAGUGGUAUAUUCACUGUUGAUUUGACGGCCACUACUACUACUACUGAGGGAACCAUUGAUGCAAAACCGCAACUGAUUUGCGGUCUGAAUAAUCUUUGUGUCAAAGAUCCGCGUAUCGCUCCCGACGGCCAAUCGUUUGUCUAUUUGGAGAACGAUAGCGGAGGUCCUCAUCAUACGGCCUUUCGUCUACGGCGCUAUGAUUUUGUCACGAAAUCGACCGAAACUAUUAUUGAUAGCAACGGUAAACGCGAGAUCGUCGUCGACACCGACGGUAAUCUACGAUAUAGUGAUCAAUUGGCGGCACUAUUUUUGAACCAACUGCCCGAAAAAUGCUUCCUAGAAUCGGGCAAACAUUUAGUGGUCAACUGUUUAACCGAACUAAACUUAAUACUCUGUUUGGUGGAUAUCGCUGCCAAACAGUGGACGCCAAUCCAAUUUCCGCUGCCAUCGGCCGAACUCAUUGACCUACGCCAGGAUAUCGCUGUUGUUGUCGGUUCGGCGGUCAACGUCAGGCCCAAUGUAUUUGUCGGCCGACUCAAUGUCGGCUAUAAAAAUUCAGUUACCGUCCAAUGGCUAGAAUUGAGCGAUGAAUCGGAUAAUAGUAGAUCGUUGGCCACGGAGUUGACGUACAACAACUACUGGCUGCCCAGUGCUGACGAUCCGUCCAAAUUGAUUACCGCUAUUCUGGUCAGUCCUACUCAGGUGGCAACGAAACCCGCGCCGACUGUACUGAUACCGCACGGCGGCCCUCACGCUUUGGCCUAUAAUUGUUUUUCAAUAUAUCGGUUGCUAUUCGCCAGACUUGGAUUCAAAACAUUAUUAGUCAACUAUAGAGGAUCUCUUGGAGUGGAUCGACAGUAUGUCGACGACCUAAUCGGUAACGUCGGCGACAAAGAUGUCAAAGAUUGUAUCAAAUGUCUGGAAUACUUAUCGCACGAACAAUCACUGGUCGACAGCAAACAUGUCGUCCUAUUUGGCGGAUCUCACGGCGGUUUUCUGGUCGCCCAUCUGAGCGGUCAAUACCCUGAUUGGAAUUUCCGGUCGUGUGUAGCCCUGAAUCCUGUCAUCGAUAUGUCUGUUAUGAAAGAUAUGACCGAUAUUCCCGACUGGUGUUACUGCGAAUCGUUUGGCACCGCCGCCGGUGACGACGAUUUUACUAAACAGCCGCCAACUGGCGACCAGUUGCGGGUAAUGUUCGAUCGAUCGCCGAUUAGAUGGAUCGGCAAUGUAAGGGUACCGACACUUAUGCUACUCGGCCGCAAGGAUCGACGCGUACCGUACAGUCAGGGUAUGCGUUGGUAUCAGCUAUUGCGAGCCAGGGGUGUGACCACCCGGUGCCACGUUUACGAUGAUUGUCAUCAACUCGGAAAAGUUGAUGUCGACUCCGAUCUAUUCAUUCAUACAGCAGUUUGGAUACUAAAACAUUUGAAUUAAUUUCAGUAAUUAUAUUAAAAAUAUAUAUAU